UUCACCAGUCACCGUGGGUCACGUGGUACCGAUGUUUACGGAAGCUGCAUCAAGCGAAGUUUAUAGAGGAUAAAAGUUGGUGAUAUUUUGCGUAUUCUCGGCAAACAGUAUGCUCCUAAUAACGUGUUGAAGUUGUUUUUGUUGUAGUAGUGGUCGUUUUCCAGCUAAUAUGCAGGCGGAAUCACCCGUAACGUCUCCGAAAUGUGAUUUGUUAGACUCGUGUGGUACAUUUCGUGUGUUGGUCGGGGUCACGGGUAGUGUGGCAGCUCUCAAAGUGCCUCUGUUGGUCUCCCAGCUUCUAGAGUUACCCGGGGUGGAUGUGCGUGUUGUCACGACAGAACACGCCAUGCACUUCUACAACCCUGCCGAGGUGGCUGUCAGAGUCUACAGCGACGCAAAUGAGUGGGAGCUGUGGCGCCAGCGUUCUGACCCUGUCCUGCACAUAGAGCUGAGACGCUGGGCUAACCUCUUCCUUAUCGCCCCUCUGGACGCCAACACACUGGGCAAGAUCUCCAGCGGCAUCUGUGACAACUUACUGACAUGCGUGGUACGUGCCUGGGAUACCAGUCGUCCUCUACUCUUCUGUCCAGCGAUGAACACUGCUAUGUGGCAUCACCCCAUCACCUCUCGCCAGGUGGACAGCCUUAAAGAGUUUGGCUACGUUGAGAUCCCCUGUAUCGCCAAGAAACUGGUCUGUGGAGACCAAGGUAAAGGAGCCAUGGCAGAGGUGUCAACGAUCGUAGAUGUUGUGCAACAGUUCAUUCAGAAAGCUGCUGAGUCUCCCCUGGAAGGAGCGGGCCAGAGGCCGUGAGGAAGGAGCGGGCCAGGUGCUGUGAGGAAGGAGCGGGCCAGGUGCUGUGAGGAAGGAGCGGGCCAGGUGCUGUGAGGAAGGAGCGGGCCAGGUGCUGUGAGGAAGGAGCGGGCCAGGUGCUGUGAGGAAGGAGCGGGCCAGGUGCUGUGAGGAAGGAGCGGGCCAGGUGCUGUGAGGAAGGAGCGGGCCAGAGGCCGUGAGGAAGGAGCGGGCCAGGUGCUGUGAGGAAGGAGCGGGCCAGGUGCUGUGAGGAAGGAGCGGGCCAGGUGCUGUGAGGAAGGAGCGGGCCAGGUGCUGUGAGGAAGGAGCGGGCCAGGUGCUGUGAGGAAGGAGCGGGCCAGGGGCUGUGAGGAAGGAGCGGGCCAGGUGCUGUGAGGAAGGAGCGGGCCAGGUGCUGUGAGGAAGGGGCGGGCCAGGUGCUGUGAGGAAGGGGCGGGCCAGGUGCUGUGAGGAAGGGGCGGGCCAGGUGCUGUGAGGAAGGGGCGGGCCAGGGGCUGUGAGGAA